AUGGAGAUCGAAGCAAAGACAACUGCUGCUGCUGCACCCCCCCUCGAAGACACUGGGGGCCCCUCAGCUCCAGCACAAAGGGUAAAGGGCCCUAAGCCGUCCCUUUCGUGGGGCCCCCUAGGGGGCCCCCCUGGGGGCCCCCCAGGGGACCCAACGGGGGACCAAACAGGGGGCCCCCCUGGGGCCUCCGUGGAGGCCCCACCUGCUGCUUCAAUGGAGGCCCCCCAGGGGGAUUCAAUGAGGGGGGCCCCCCAGGGGGGUUCAGUAAGGGGGGCCCCCCAGGGAGGUUCAAUGGGGGGCCCCCCGGGGGCCCCUAAAGGGGGCCCCGUCGGUGCAGGUGAAGGGUGGAGUAGCUCUGCAGGGGUCCCCCCAGUGACUUUGAUAGCGAAAGAUUUUUGCUAUGCAAUUCGUAAGAGAGGGCCUUUACCCUGCAAGCGUUUGUGCUGCAGCAGCAGCAACAACAACAGCAGCAGCGGCAGCAGCAGCAAAGCCACAGCCGCACAGAUGGAGGAAGGCGAGACUCCCGGGUCAAACACGGGGGCCCCAGCAACUCAAACCUCUAGCAGCAGCAGCAGCAGCAGCGGUAGCAGCAGCAGCAGCAGCACAGAACUCAAUAUGAUUCUUAAAGAUAUUAAUAUCUGCAGCGCAGAUUCUGCUGCUUCCUGUCCUGCUGCUACACGAAUGUGGAUCGUCUCCCUCUCUGCAUAG